AUGUUUUUUAAGAUAUUUUUUAAAAUCUUUUCUUUAUUUUCUUUUUACAGUUGCACUGAAAAAUCUCAAGCAGUUGUACACUAUGUGGAUGACGAAAAUAUUUGUGUGCAGACCUCAAAGCAUAACAAAGCAUUUGAAUUUGAAAGAGUCUAUGGACCCAAUGAUAGCCAAGAUGAUAUUUUCAACCAAGUUCAACCAAUGUUAACGUCUUUACUAGAUGGAUACAACGUUUGCAUCAUGGCUUAUGGACAAACGGGAAGUGGAAAAACACACACGAUGCUUGGAAGCCAUAAAAAUGAAAAUUACAACUUGAGUCAUGAAGCCCAGCCAAAUGAAGGGGUUAUUCCUCGGGCAAUGAGGGAACUGUUCAGUCUUAUGGCAGAAAAAUCAGAAGGUACUUACAUUGCGGAAGUAUCUGUGGUCGAAAUCUACAAUAACGACAUUCGAGAUUUGUUGAGCAAGGACUGCACUCUAAAACAUGAUUUAGUUACAAAUCCUGAUGGUUCCCUGAGUCUGCCAACUGUAAGAUUCAAGCGAGUUGCUACUGUAGAGUCGGUGAUGUCCUGUGUUGUACAUGGUCUCCAUACACGUCGAGAAAGUGCCACCCUAGUUCAUGAACAUUCAAGCCGGUCACACCUGGUUGUUACGUUAAUGAUUACAACAAAAGAUCCAUCCGCUUGGAAUUCUGUUUCACAUCGACAUUCUGCAUCUGACGUUAACAAUAUCAUUGGUUCCCAGUUAAAUGCUCGUGAAAAAUCCGCCAGUCCAACAACAUUGUCUUCUCCAUUACCCCUGUGUCCAGGAAUUUUGAAAACAAAACUACAGCUGGUGGAUCUUGCUGGGAGCGAAUGUGUUGGAUUAUCCGGAGUGAAAGGUGCAGCUUUCCGAGAGACUGCUCACAUUAACAAGAGUCUGUCUGCUUUAGCAGAUGUCCUUGGUGCUUUAGCAGAGCACAGGUCACAUGUACCUUAUCGAAACAGUAGGCUCACUCAUUUUUUGCAAGAUUCAAUUGGUGGAGAUGCCAAAUUAUUACUGUUGCUGUGUGUUUCCCCAGCCAAGCAUUAUGUUACUGAGUCUUUGCAGUGCCUUGGUUUUGGGCAAAGAGCACGUCAAGUUCAACGAGGGCCCACCAAAAGGAGGCUACCCACAGGAAUAGAGAAAAUGGAAAUCUCAAGUGGAAAGAACCAUCCUAAAACACCUCCAUUCUCAAUACGAUAA